AUGACUGGAGGAAAUUUAUCAGACUCCAUCACACGAGUAGCUAACCAGAGUGAAGAAGACAAACAGAGUAGCAGCGCAACGAAUCGCGAGAACCAAACCGAAAGCUCCGCCGGCGAUAAUAGUAAUUCCAAACCGGCCAGAACCGGAUCAGAAUCGCCUAUACCGGAGUGGAUAACCGAGACGAUCAAUGGUGGAUCGCUCCGCCUCGUUGAUCUCCAUACCGGAACCAACGGCUGGGCUUCGCCUCCCGGCGACGUCUUCUCACUCCGAUCCGCUAACUAUUUCACCAACAAACAGAAAUCUCCCGGCGGAGACUACCUCCUCUUUCCCGCCGGCGUUGACUGGCUCAAAUCCAGUACGAAACUCGAGAACGUCCUGGCUCGUCCCGAUAACCGUGUAGCUCACGCGCUCAGAGAAGCUCAAUCUCGUGGCCAAUCCUUAAAGAGCUUCAUCUUCGCGGUGAACUACCAAAUCCCAGGCGAGCAAUACAGCUUGGUGUUCUAUUUCGCAACGGAAUAUCCGAUUCCCUCAGAUUCGUUGCUCCACCGAUUCAUCAACGGAGACGACUCGUUCCGUAACAAGAGAUUCAAAGUGGUGACCCGAGUCGAGAAAGGUCCCUGGGUAGCUAAAGCCGCGGCGGGGAGCUUCGGAGCGUUCCUUGUGGCUAAGACUGCGAGUUGUAGUUACCACAGAGGAUCUAACUACUUGGAGAUUGAUGUCGACUUAAGCAGCUCGAGGAUCAUGACGGCGCUUACGCGGCUUGCGUUGAGGUACACUACGAGCCUCACGAUCGACAUUGGUUUCGUUGUGGAGCCCCAAGCAGAGGAUGAGCUGCCGGAGAGGCUGAUCGGAGCUGUUAGGAUUUGCCAGAUGGAGUUAUCGUCGGCGUUUGUGGUCGACUCGCAGAAGCUCUGA